AAACCCCAUCGACCAACUGUGCCUGUGCCAGUGCCACCCUUCUUCUUCACUCUCAUACCCUAGUCCAGUAAACAUCAUUUUUUCACCUUCUUAACCUUUAAUGGCUCUCUCUAUCGCCAGACCCAAACGCAGAUCCCUUACUAACCCUUCUCUCAUCCACUUCUUUUCUACUUCUUCGUCGUCGUCGUCGUCGUCGUCCACAACCCCACCCAGCGACCAAUUUACCGAUCAAGAUGCCAACGAUUCUCAUUCGCAACCACCACCACCACAGCAACAACAAGCCUCGUUUUCUUCUUUCUUCCCUGAUGUCAAAGCCAGCCUCAAGCAACAGAUGCAAAACCCACAAUCCCAAAACCGACUAAAUAGACCCAACUUGCCUCCUCUUAGAGAACCGUCGAACGUCAAUCCUUCUAUCUCGGGACCGGCAAGAAAAAUUGCUUCUAUUGAAGAAAUAAGAAAGAAUCUCGCGGAGUUCCGUCGUAGAUCCUCUGUUCCGCCCCCAACUGAAUCCAAAACUUCAGGAUCUCCUUACUCUGAACAACAGCAGCAGCAGCAGCAGCAAAUCUCGUUCCAAGAACUAUACAAUCGAAGUAUGAUUAGAAAGUCAGAGGAUGGUUUGGGCAGUAUUGAAGCCAAUAAUAACUAUAACCCCGUUUCUGGGAAGCUGUCAUUUCAAGCAAUUAGAGAGAGUUUACGACAGAUGAGGUCCAAAGCAUCCACAAACGCUGGUAAAAGGAGUGAAGACGCAAUGUCGUUUUCGGCUUUAAAGGACAGAUUGAAACUAAAACCCAUGAAUGAAAAUGAAUCGAUGAACUCCACUGUGAUUGGUGGGACCGAGGGACUGCCACUGCCGGCUUUUGGAAAGGAGGAUGCCAGUGUUAAACAGGGAGCGAGUACAGAAUUUGUGAAAAUGUAUAACUAUGGAGAGUUGGGGCAGAAGUUGAGGACUCUGCGGCCAGAGGUGAAGGAGGGUGAAAAGAAUUGGUUUUCGUUGGAGGAGUUGAAUGAGAGGUUGAGGAAGUUGAGGGAAAUGGAGGAGAGGGAGACUGAAUCCAGGAUUGGUGGUAUAUCUUUUAAGGAUUUGAGACAGUGCUUGGUGCGACUUAAGCAGUCGGACGAGGAGAAGGCCAAGAAUUCAAUCGAAAGACUAAAUCUCUUGGGUCAGUGGGGUACCACUCCAGAUUUGAUGAAGCAUCCUCCGAAGGAGCACUUAGUUGAAAAGUAUUUCCAUCCAGAUAAUAUGUCUUCUGCAGAGAAAUUGAAAACUGAGCUUGCCAAGGUUAGAGAAGAAUUUAAAAUGUCGGAGUCAGAUUGCGGAUCCGCACGUGUUCAAGUGGCACUGCUGACAACUAAGAUCAAGCACCUAUCUUCAGUUCUUCACAAAAAGGAUAAACACUCUCGAAAGGGUCUUCUAGCAAUGGUACAAAGGAGAAAGAAGUUGUUGAAGUAUCUACGAAGAACCGACUGGGAUUCUUACUACAUUGUUCUCUCUAAACUUGGCCUCCGAGACAAUCCAGAUUACAAGAAUUAGAAUAGACUGGGCAGUAUGAUACAACCUCAUUGUUGUUUUUGUUUUCGAAUCAAGGUAGUUAAAUGUACUCAAUUUUUUUUUUUAAUAAUUCUUGCAUAAUUGGAUAAUGCUCUGAUUAUUUUCCUUC